GUUACGUUCCCCUUCCUUCCUUUAUAACCCAUUACACUCUUUUUCUUUUUCUUUUUCUUUUUCUUUUAAUAGUUAGUUACAUUCAUUUUUCCUUUUUAUCAUGCCUUCUACUGAUAAAAGUAAAUUAUCGCAUAAUCCUUUCCUUUUAGCUACUACCAUCAUUGCUGUAUGUUCUUUACUUGUAUCAUUGGCUGGUGCUUUUGCAUUAAAGGUAUUACAAGGUGCUUGGUGGGUUGUGGUUUAUCAAGUUAUUAUUGUUUUGGGUCAUGCUUUGAUCUUUAUGCGUGGUGUGUUGUCUCAUUAUCGACUUGCUAUGUUGACAAUGUUAGCUGUCAGUAUUCCUUUAUUAACCAUUCAAAUUGAUUAUAUCUUGCAAUAUUCCAAACCAGCUCAACUCAACAGAACAGCAGCUAAUGCUUAUGCAGCAGGUUACAUUGGUUUAGUCAUCAUACAAUAUACAUGGGUUCUUGUCUUGGGAAGUGAACCUAAAAGCUAUUUGGGUCAAUUGGCUCAAGAUGAUCGUUCUAUGGCCAGUAGUAUUGUUGAACCCCAAUUCUAUUCUGAAAAACAACACAUUAAUUCAUCCAAUAUUCAAGAUGGUGCUAAUCUUCAUGCUGCUGAAUCAAUUCAAGAUUUUUCUCAAGUUUUUGUUCCUCAUGCUAUUACCACUCCUGUUAAUCAACAACACAUUCAUCAUCAUCACCAACAACAUCAGCAACAGCAACAACAACAACAACAACAACAACAACAACAACAACAACAACAACAUCAACAGGAUCAACAGGAUCAACAACAGCAACAGCAACAACAACAACAGCAGCAGCAGCAACAACAACACUUACAAUCGCAAUCGAUGGCAACAUCAUUAUCUACAUCACCAUCAUCAUCAACACCUACUCCUCCUUCACAUAUCAUACAUGAUGUAGACUUCAAAGAACGAGUAGAAGCCAUUCAUUCAUACCAAGCCAAUCCUCAAGAUGCAAAUGAGCUUGAUUUUGAGAAGGGGGAAAUAGUGGAAAUUGUCGAUCGAAAAGGCAACUGGUGGCAGGCACGAAAGGCUGACGGAAGAAUCGGUAUCAUACCUUCAAAUUAUUUCCGGUCAUUACAAGGAUGAUCAUCAUGAUAUUGUUUUCUUAGUUACUUUGUUACUUUAUCACUUAGAAAGUGGAUCUCGUUUUGACACUUUUAUAUAUUAUAUAACUAUUU